AUGACUCGUCUCGCACCCUACGGCAAGAGGCACAAGGUGACCGUGAUAGGCUCCGGCAACUGGGGGUCUGUGAUUUCCAAAAUGGUCGCUGAAAAUGUCGCCGCCAAUGCAGAUUCCUUUGAGCUAACCGUUGACAUGUGGGUGUAUGACGAGAAAGUGGAAGUGCCCCAAACCUCAAAACACUAUGACCCCGCUUCCCCGCUGUGCAACGGACCGCAGAACCUCACCGAAAUCAUCAACAAACUCCACGAGAACGUCAAAUACCUCCCCAACAUCACUUUGCCGUCCAAUAUUCGUGCCAACCCUUCCCUGGAGGAAGCCGUCAAGGGUUCGACCAUCCUGAUAUUCAAUUUGCCCCAUCAGUUUAUUCAUAGUAUUUGCAACAGACUAAAAGGCCACAUCGUGCCCUAUGCCCGUGGAAUCUCUUGUAUCAAGGGAGUCAACGUAACUGAGGAUGGCGUUAGUUUGUUCUCGGAGACCAUCGGACGCACUCUGGGUAUUUACUGCGGCGCACUGUCUGGAGCCAACAUCGCAGGGGAAAUCGCCAGGGAACUCUAUUCAGAGACCACAAUUGCCUACGACCCACCCCAUAUGGACUCCAAAGCCCCUACUCCCAAAACCAUAUCCCCCUCACCCUCCGUCGCCAACGUUCCUGACGUCGUCCACUUCGAGCACAGGGACUCCUCCGGUCAGUUCUCCAAAGUGAGACUCCAGGCCCUGCCAUCCGAAUACCCCCCAAUCGACCACCGGCUGAUCAAAACCCUUUUCCACCGCCCUUACUUCCACGUCCGCGUCGUAGGUGAUGUCGCCGGCGUCUCCCUCGGUGGCGCGCUGAAGAACAUCGUCGCGUUGGCCGCCGGAUUCGUAGACGGGAUGGAAUGGGGCGACAACGCCAAGGCCGCCAUCAUGCGCGUCGGGCUUCUGGAGAUGGUCAAAUUUGGAACCAAGUUUUUCUCCGCCUCGGUCAACUCGCAGACCUUUACGGAGGAAAGUUGUGGCGUUGCGGAUCUGAUUACCAGCUGCAACGGGGGCAGGAAUCAUCGCUGCGCCAAGCUGAGUAUCCAGCGCGGACUGAGCAUAGAGGAAGUGGAGAAGCAGGAGCUUAAUGGGCAGAUGUUGCAGGGGACGUUGACUGCGAAGGAGGUUAAUAUGUUUUUGAAGAAUAGAGGUUUGGAAAACGAGUUUCCGUUGUUCACGGCUGUGUAUGGGAUUCUUAAAGGCGAGGUCCGCGUGGAGGAUCUGCCCGGCCUUAUUGAGCGGUGA